GGCAGCACUCGCUUCACUCUUUGACCUGCGUCGAGCGAUCGAUUCGACGAAGCGACUAUUGGCUGUCUCCUUCUCUCUUGUCUUGCUGACAAGGGGAUAGAGAAAGAUGGUUGCUUCAUCUUGAUUCGACCGGUUGAUGCAGAUCGAAAAGUAGAACGAGUAUUGUCAGCCAUUCUUAGCUAUAGCAUGCUGUGAAAAUCUUCCGAUCUGGCAUCACCAUGAUCACCAUUGCUCAUCAUGAGCUCAGUGUGGUUUGUUAGGUGUUUCUGACGCAAGAAAAGCCUGACAAGAUGUUGAGACUACCGGUCGUGCGGGCCACAGGCCUGACAGGUGGAAGGCACUGCGUUGCCAGUUUCCAUACAUCCAACAAGCUGCAGCAGGAGCUGGUCGAGCUUUUCAUCGACGACAAACCUGUGCAAGUACCACCGGGAACCACAGUUCUGCAGGCUGCUGCCAAAGUGGGAGUUGAAAUACCAAGAUUUUGUUAUCAUGAACGUCUUGCUGUAGCUGGAAAUUGCAGGAUGUGUCUUGUAGAAAUAGAAAAGCAAAUCAAGCCGAUUGCUGCGUGUGCUAUGCCCGUGAUGAAAGGUUGGAGAGUGAAAACCAAUUCCGACCUGACACGGAAAGCUCGUGAGGGCGUUAUGGAAUUUCUGUUGGUUAACCAUCCGCUGGACUGUCCAAUCUGCGACCAGGGCGGCGAGUGCGACUUACAGGACCAAAGUAUGGCUUUUGGAACUGAUAGGAGUAGAUUCGUCGAUAUUAACUUCUCUGGGAAAAGAGCAGUAGAGGACAAGGAUUUAGGACCAUUAAUCAAGACAGUUAUGACACGCUGCAUACAUUGCACAAGGUGCAUUCGAUUUGCUUCGGAAGUAGCCGGUAUUGAUGAUUUAGGAACCACAGGUCGUGGUAAUGAUAUGCAGGUGGGGACGUAUGUUGAAAAAAUGUUCUUAUCCGAGUUGUCUGGUAAUAUCAUCGACCUCUGUCCAGUGGGUGCGCUAACUAGCAAACCAUAUGCGUUUGUUGCUCGUCCAUGGGAGACACGUCGUACUGACAGUAUUGACAUUCAUGAUGCUGUUGGUAGCAAUAUAGUUAUCUCUCAUAGAACUGGAGAGGUUUUAAGAAUAUUACCAAGAGUGAAUGAGGAGGUGAACGAGGAAUGGCUCUCGGACAAAGCUCGUUUCUCAUACGAUGGUCUUAAGAGGCAAAGACUCAUUACGCCAAUGAUAAAGAUCAAUGGAAAAUUGGAAGCUGUGGAUUGGGAAGAUGCACUUGUUGCUGCUGCUAGACCUCUAGCGAAUUUACCAGUGGACAAGUGCGCUGCGAUUGCUGGAAAAUUAGCAGAUGCGGAAGCUCUUAUCACUAUGAAAGAUUUAGUGAACAAAUUGGGUAGCGAAGCACUAGCCACGGAACAGUGCUUCCCGAAAGACGGCUCGGGCAUCGAUCUGAGGAGUAACUAUCUUCUGAAUAAUACUAUCGCCGCGGUUGAAGACGCGGAUGUUGUAAUAUUAAUUGGAACAAAUCCAAGAUAUGAAGCACCACUGGUAAACACACGUCUCAGAAAAGGCUAUCUACAUGGUGAACAAACAAUUGCUCUUAUUGGCCCAAAUGUAGAUUUGACAUAUGAACACGAGCAUUUGGGAGAGUCUUUUGAUAUAAUAAUGAAAUUACAAAACGGCUCGCAUCCGUUCUGUGCGACUCUAAAAGAGGCUAAAAAACCACUCGUUAUCCUGGGCGCCGAUCAGCUUACUCGAAAGGACGGAGCUAAAAUUCUCUACGAAACACAAGCGCUAGCAAAGACUUUAGGAGAUAACUCAAAAACUCCUCAGGAUUGGAAGACGUUAAAUAUACUGCAUACGAAUGCAUCUCAAGUCGCCGCCUUAGAUAUCGGCUACGGCUCGACUGUAGAAGAAAUCAAAGAGCAACAACCAAAAGUUCUGUUCCUUUUGGGUGCUGAUGAUGCAAAUAUUAAAAAGGAAGAUUUUCCAAACACAUUUAUCAUUUAUGUAGGGAGUCACGGUGAUGCUGGAGCAGCUAUUGCGGAUGUUGUACUGGCUGGAGCAGCAUACACCGAAAAAGUCGCAAGUUAUGUUAAUACAGAAGGUCGCUCCCAACAAACAUGUGCAGCAAUUACACCGCCCGGGUUAGCGCGUCCAGAUUGGAAAAUUAUUCGCGCUCUUUCUGAAAUGGCUGGAAUUACUUUGCCCUAUGACAACCUGAACGAUGUAAGAUCCAGGCUUGAAGAGGUCGCGCCUCAUCUGGUCAGAUAUGGCGAUGUUGAACCAGCUAAUUUCUUUACGCAAGCUUUAGAGAUGGCUAAGCAACAGUCUGGAGGAUCAUUUUUACCAGACUCUGUGGACAUCAAACAUAAGACGUUGGAUCAGUUCUUCAUGACUGACGUAGUUUCACGAGCGUCUUUAACUAUGGCGAAGUGUGUUCAAGCAGUUUUAAAACAACGACAAAGUGUAGUAUAAGCCAAUAUUGGAUUGAUUAAAUUCUUACCUGUUAGUUACUUGAUAUUACUGGCUAGAUAUUACGACAUCCCACAGCCAGUGGCGAGAGAAAUUACAAGAACAUUAAAAAAGCAUCAAGAUGUAUUUAUAUAUAUAUAUAUAGAGCUCUGUAUAUUAAACUACUGAAAAUGGGAAUUUACAAAUAUCGUCUCUGUCAGUCCCAUUAAUUGUACAUUCGUAGUUAAUAGGACAUUAUUUAAAAUAAAUACAAUAUAAAUAUA